AUGAAGGUAAAGAGGCUUCUGGACAAACAAUUUAGUAUCAAGGAUCUUGGCCAAUUGAGCUACUUUCUUGGUCUUGAGUUUUCUAGAUCAGAUCAAGGCAUUUCUGUUUGCCAGAGAAAGUAUGCCCUUGAGUUGUUGCAAGAUACAGGACUAUUAGCAUCCAAACCAUGUUCUACUCCAAUGGAUCACACAACUAGGCUUCACCAUGAUCCACUUGAUCUCUAUUCAGAUCCAUCAUCAUAUAGAAGACUAGUUGGCAGAUUGAUUUACUUAACCCACACAAGACCUGAUUUGGCCUUUGCUGUUGGAAAAUUAAGUCAAUUCAUGCACCAACCAAACAAUGCACAUUUUCAAGCUGCUCGGAAAGUGCUUAGAUAUGUGAAAGCUACUCCAACAAAGGGUCUAUUCUUCCCAUCCUCAUCAGAUCUUAAGCUCACAGGUUAUACAGAUUCAGACUGGGCCACUUGUCCUGAUUCAAGGAGAUCCAUUUCAGGCUUCUGUUUUUUUCUGGGCAAUGCGUUAGUUUCUUGGAAAAGCAAGAAACAAAAUGUGGUGUCUAGAUCUUCAUCUGAAGCUGAAUAUCGAGCCUUAGCAUUAGGAGUUUGUGAAGCUCAAUGGCUUCAUAAGCUGUUGACAGACUUUCAACUGCAAGAUCUCAUUCCAAUAUCUCUGUUUUGUGAUAAUCAGUCAGCCUUGUACAUUGCUGCUAACCCUGUAUUCCACGAAAGAACUAAGCAUGUGGAAAUUGAUUGCCACACUGUCAGAGAUCAAGUUCAAGCAGGAUUUAUUCAUCUAGCUCCAAUCACUUCAUCUGGACAGCUUGCUGAUAUUUUAACUAAGCCUCUUUUACCAAAAAUGUUCCAGGAUUUUGUGUGCAAGCUUGGACUUUCAAACUUUACCACUCCAAGCUUGAGGGAGGGUGUCAUGAUGACUUAA